GGGCCGUACUGAGGCAAAUCCAAUCACACACCUCAAAAACUCUCUAGAUCUCGUCGUCUCGAAAAUGGCGACUGCCUCUACAGCUGCAUUCUACCCGAUAUUCUUGACCUCAAAAUCUCCACUCAAAGCCACGCACAAGCACAAAACCACAGCCCCAUUGCCUCUGAAGCAGAUUAGCCAACCCUCACUCAGAAGAGACUUCUUGAAGGCUAUUUCUCUGCUUCCUCUUCUCGACUUGAAGCGGCCUCCUCCUUCGGCGGCUAAAGAGAUUGAGGUUGGCUCCUACCUCCCUCCUUCGCCUUCCGACCCUUCCUUCGUCCUCUUCAAGGCUUCUCCCAGAGACACCCCCGCUCUUCGCUCAGGAAAUGUGCAACCCUACCAGUUUAUCCUCCCUCCAACUUGGAAACAGACACGAGUAGCAAACAUAUUAUCUGGUAAUUACUGCCAACCAAAAUGUGCAGAGCCUUGGGUGGAGGUGAAAUUUGAAGAUGAGAAACAGGGAAAAAUCCAGGUAGUGGCUUCACCUUUGAUACGCCUGACCAACAAACCCAAUGCAUCAAUUGAAGAAAUUGGGAGCCCUGAAAAGUUGAUUGCUUCUCUUGGCCCUUUUGUUACUGGAAAUACAUAUGACCCAGACGAACUCCUCGAGACAUCAGUUGAAAAGGGUGGUGAUCAGACGUAUUACAAAUACGAGCUUGAAACUCCCUUUGCUUUGACGGGUUCACACAAUCUUGCAAAGGCAACAGCAAAGGGAAACACUGUUGUCUUAUUUGUAGCAAGUGCAAGUGAUAAACAGUGGCAAACUUCUGAGAAAAUUCUGAAAGCCAUGCUUGAUUCCUUUCAGGUGUAGCUUUGUCCUUGAUUUGUUUACUUGACUUUUACAUGUACAACAUCACUCAACCGGGAAGCAUUUCAUCAAUUUUUGAUAUUUUUGAUUCU